AUCCGCCCCCCUAUCGAAGAGAUCACGAAGCUGCUCCGCGAUGGGAUUAUCCCUGCGGUUGUCUACGAUGGGGCUUUCCUCCGUGUCCGACCCGCAACGGAAGGCUCAUACGUCGCGAUCUCCCACGUAUGGGCAGAUGGGAUGGGGAGCACCACCGAGGAUGGCCUGCCUGCCUGUGUGGUGAAGAGGAUCGCAUCGCUCGUUCAAGGCCUCCAUCCGGAGACAGGCGCGUUCUGGAUGGACUCGCUGUGCGUACCCGACAGCCGCGACGUGCGGAAACGUGCGAUCAAGCUCAUGACACAGACGUAUCGUGACGCUGCGAGCGUCCUCGUCAUUGACAAUUGCAUUCGCGCACAGUGCUCCGAGAAGAAGCCAUGGGACGAGAAUCUGUUCGGGAUAUCGACGUCCGGAUGGACUCGGCGUGUCUGGACGUUGCAGGAGGGGUUAUUGAACUCUAGGCUGUACUUCGAGUUCCAAGAAGGCCCCGUGAACAUCGAGGACCAGGGUAUGACAUUCAUAUGGUGUCUCUCCCACCUGCCCUUCCUUUCUUUCCGUGCACGAUAUGAUGUCUGGAAGGCCGAUGCUACGCUCGACACCUUCCGGUGGGAGCUCAUCAGUCUUCUCAUCCUCCGCGGAACGACCAAGGCCGAGGACGAAACCGUCGCCAUCUCUGGUAUUUUGUCCCUCAACGUCGACGCGUUCCUCGCAAUCAAUGGUCCGGAUGCCGCACAGGAACGGAUGAAAGAGUUCCUCAUCCAACUCGCGCGGGUACCCAGGGUGCUCCCAGUACAUACCAUGCCGCGCCUGGAGUUGCCAGGGUUCCUGUGGGCACCUCGCUCACUCACAACGGUUCCCCCUGGAGCCUUCCGGGACGACUCAGGCGGACAGGCCUUCUGCGCGCCCUUUGGCCUCCUCGGCGAGUAUUUUAUU